AUGGGUACUGAGGUCGCGCCAGAAGUGCAGCGACAACAUAUGAUCGAGCGCUAUGGUCCCAAAUUCGUCGAGAAAACAGAAAAGGCGCAUGACAAAGCCCUAGCAUUCAGACCUGCCGACCACCACGACAAGGCUGAAGAGAACAAUCCUCCUGGAGGGUUCGAUGAUACUCCAUUCCCACAUGCUCCGCCCGGCUAUACACUGAAAUUCACGUUUCAUCGAGCCAAUAACUUACCCGCAGCCGACUUUGGUACCUUAUCGUCCGAUCCCUUCGUGCACGCUGAAUUGAAGACCGAUCUCCCGAAACGACACAAGCAAGAUCCCAAUCUCAUCUUUCGGACGCCUACUAUAAGAAGAAACGUCAACCCGGUGUGGGAUGCGGAAUGGAUUGUUGCAAAUGUGCCUGCGUCCGGAUUUCAUCUCAAAUGCCGAGUCUAUGAUGAAGAUCCGGCAGACCAUGACGACAAGUUGGGAAACGCCCACGUGGUGGUAGAUCGCAUAACAGAUGACUGGGCAGGAAUCAAGGAGGGCGCCUAUCAUUUAAAGAAACGCGCCGGUAGCAAAAGAGCCUAUAUGGUGAGAACGGUCGUGGCGGCUUUAUCUGCUUCACGGGACUUGAACGCAGAGCUUAUCGUUAGUGUCGAGUGGCUGGGGCGGACAGAAUCUGAUAACGGUGCAUAUAUAUAUACAGUUGGGCCGAUAUACUGGUUCAAGCACUUCUCACCUUUGAUUGGAAGGCUUUUGGGAACCUCUGGGACAUCAGAGAAUCAAAAUGCUGAGGGAAAGACAACUCCAUAUAACUUCCAAGCAAUCGAAAUCCAACUCGAGGGUCCCGUACCUGAUGAUUUGUAUCAUCGAUAUGUCGAGUUCAAGCCAUUUGUGGCAGGGAUGUUCACCUCCCACAGUCUCCGUGGACGCAUUUUGAACCGUGCCUUGCAUCACCAACAUGCGCGGAUUUACAACUUUGAUCGCAGUACCAUGAAUGGGACAUUCCCUGGCCCGUGUACGGAACUGACCAAGCUCUUCCUGGACUUUGUCGAUCACGGUCGUGGGGGGCGUAUUUUUACCUAUAUCCUGACUCUGGAUGGCCAGCUUCGAUUCACAGAGACUGGUAAAGAAUUCGGCAUUGACUUGCUGAGUAAACAUACUAUGCACAGUGACGUUUCUAUUUACGUUGCCUUUUCCGGAGAAUUCUUUGUGCGACCCAGCAAAAAACAUCGUCGAUUUCGAGAAUCUAUAACUUCUAUUUCCAGCAGCCGCCCGAGAACUAGUGAAAGCGGCACGGAACUAGGAUCAGAUGAAGUCGACGUGACAGAAAAAGAUCAGGAUGACUGCUCGGCUUAUGAAUUGAUUAUCGACAAUGACAGUGGUACAUACCGACCGAAUGCUGAGAAGCUUCCGCUUCUACGUGAAUUCUUGUCCAAGAACUUCCCCGGCCUUCAGAUCACGACGCUUGACUGCCAAAAGGACGCGGAACGGAUGAACCGUCUUAAAGAGCAACGAAGAGCCGAGAAACAACGCGCUCGAGGCAACAUGGUUUAUACGCAGCAAGUGAAUGGCUCUUCGUCAUCACUGUCCAGUUCCGAUGAGCAAGACCUGCUCGAGCGGGCGGGACAGGCAACUGGCACUGAGUCUGGUAAGCACCAUAUACAUGACUUGAAGGACGUUAAAAGCAAAUUCCGGGACUGGAUCGAAGCGGAUGGGACUGUCGACGGGCAUGCUAAGGCAACAUCAAAUGAAAAGCCACCUCACAACGAAAACACAAACGGAGAGGCGUCAAAUGAUAGCACGGCCAAGGCAGCAGCGGCUGAGGCAUGA